AGCGCGAGUGUCGCCGUGACGAACGGUAUCAACGCCCAUAUAUCGCAUUUACAGGCAUUCAUUGAGCUGGCCUCAGCAUUAAAUAGGGACAGUAUUCGUCUUCUUAUCACCCGAGGAACUGUUCGCAUCGAUUGACCGGCGCCAUGGCUCCGCCUGCCGAAACACCGACGCUCGACGUCAGCGGGGUCUCUGCUUUCCUUGAGAUCUCAUCGGAGACUCUGACAUCGCUCGCUUCUAGAUCAGAUGAUUCUCUGAAGGUCCUGCUAUCCUCAAUUCAGGACAAGGCGCAGGAAGUCGAUGCGCUGAAGGCCGAGAAGCUGCGGAGUGAGGUGAUGCUCGAGCAAGAGAUGCAUACAGCGGAAUCACGCGUCAAAUCAAUGAAGAAACAGCUGGAUACUGCGCUCGAGGAGAACCAAAAACUCAGAGGCGCGCAGUCCUCGACCGAAUCCUCGACACAAUCACUGCAAACCCAACUACAAGUCGCGGCUUCUGCCAUGACGAAGCUCGAGGAGGGGGCGAGAUCGCUGGAGUCGAAGGUUCAGACGCUCGAGUCGGAAAAGCGGAGUACUCUGGAACUCCUGGGUAAGGCGAACAAGGAGUCCGCACAACGUGAGGAGGAUUACAAGGGCCUCCAAGAGAGGUAUCUCGAAGCCAAGAGGGUUGAAGUGAAAUUGGACAUUGAUUUGAAAAAUAUGAAACAGGAGGAGAUCAAUUAUAAGUUCAAGGAGCGGUCGUUGACACAAGAGCUUGAACACUCGCAAAAGAGCAAUGACUGGUUGAACGAAGAGCUUAAAAAAAAGUCAUCCGAGUUCUCAACCUACAGGAAGGAGAAGACUGCGCAGAUCUCCGCUCUGGAAACUAAGCUCGAGAACACUACUGCUGACGCCACCAGUGCUCAGGAAUCUCUAGAUAUCUUGAAGAAGCGAUAUGCUGAGAUUUCCGCCAAGCUCGAUGAUUCACUUACGCGCAAUAAGCAGCUUCAGGACCGUAUUGUCCAGCAGGAGGAGAAUUUCAGGAAUGAGAUCGAAGCUCAGCAGCGUCUGGCUCAGCUUUGGCAGGACACUGCAAACGAAAACAAGAGGCGUAUCGAGCAAUUGAAUGAGCAGCUUGAUAGCAAGCUCAGUGAUGAGAGUGAAGAGUGCGCGAGAUUGCGUGUCGAAGCGAAUGGUGAGAAGAUGAGGGCCGAUGAGGCUGAGAUGCGGAACGGAGAAUUGGAGGCACAGCUGGAACAGAGAGAGCGGGAGUUGGCGACUAUCAACGAACGUAUCAUUCAGGGCGGAAGUGAUGUUGGUGCUUCUGGUGUUGGCUUGUUGAGCCCGUCUGCGCAGGCGCUCAGCAAGGUCCAGAAGGCUGGUUUGUCUGUUACGCAGCUCUACUCUCAGUACAUGACUCUGCAAUCUGAUCUUGAUGUCGAGAAGCGGAAGAACGAACGCCUCCAGAAGGAUAUGGUAGAGCUUAUCUCUGAGCUCGAGACUCGUGCCCCUCAGAUCCAGCAGCAGCGUGAGGAAUUUUCUAGGGUUCAGAUCGAGCUUGCACAGAUGAGCGAGACGUUGCAGGAGAUUGUGGACGAGAAGGAGAAUGCGGAGAGGGAGGCGAAGCAGUUGAGGGCGACUGUGCAGGAUAAGGAGACGGAAGUUAAGGUCCUUGAGCAGCAGACCCGAGACCUUAGUAAACAGGUUCAGCACUUGUUGAACGAACUCCACGAUCAUGGCGCUGGUAUUCCUAUGACGCCUGCCGAGCGUGCGGCUUUGCGUCGCUUGACUGAGGGCGUCGAGGAUCCAGCUGAACAGUCUGAUACCGAAGCCCUUAUCUCUCAACGUCUCACCGUCUUCCGCAGCAUUCAAGAGCUUCAGCAGAAGAAUCAGAGCUUACUCAAGGUCGUUCAUGAGCUCGGCCAAAGGAUGGAGCGUGAGGAGGAAACUAACCGACAGCGUCUGGAGACCUUGGAGAGUGCUGCUCUGGAGGAGGCUGGAAAGGUGAUUGAGGGAUUGCGCGAUGAGUUGAAGAGUGCGAAGACGAAGAUGGAUUCGUACAUCAGGGAGAGGGACAUGUUCAGAAGGAUGCUUGUUCAUGGUGGCCAGCUUGAUACCGAUGCCGGUGCUGCUCAAGCCCCUGCGGCGGACAAACCUGCUGACGAGGACAAAACCGACUACCCUACACUGCUCAGGGAGCUUCAGGUGCAGUUCGAUGCGUACAAGAACGAGAGCGCUAUCGACCACAAGACCUUGUCCGACCAGGUUAGUAACUUAACAAGGCAGAAGGGUGUCGUGACCGUCGACUUGAGAAAGGCUGAGACGGAACUGCACCUUGCUGGCGAGCGCUACAACAUGCUGCAGAAUACCCUACUGGCGGCGAAGGCUGAAAUCGAGAUGAGCAGGAAACGUAUCUUGCAGAUGCAGGAAACGAUGGCGAAGCAGGACGUCCGCACUCAGCAGGCGGCGGACGAUCUCGUCGAUGCCAAGAGCUUGGCGGAUAGCUUGCGUAUUGAAAAUCAGAACUUGAAGGUUGAGAAGGAGUUGUUGAAGAGACUCGAGGCUAGAUGGACGCAGGACAACCAGCACCUCAUGAAAGAGAACGGUCGCUUGAAUGGACUGCUGAAUAAUGUUCAGACACUGCAUGCCGAGCAAGAGCGCAUGGAUGCUGCAUCCCGUAGGAGAACAGCUGCUGAGCUUGAGAAGCUUGAGAAGGACUUGCAAGCUACGAGGCAGAGGCUCAAUGAGGAGAGCGAGGAGAUUGACAAACUCAACUCUGAUUUGUCGACUACGAGAGAAGCCAUGGUAGAGGCCAGGACUUCGCAGAACCAUUUGAAUGCGCGUGUGGAGGAGUUGACGAUCUCUUUGAAGGCAGCGGAGGAGAAGUUCGCUCUGACUCAGAGGUCUCGCACGACUGAAGGUGGUGAGGAUGUAUCACGUGAACAGCAGUUGGACAUGGAGUUGACCGAGUUGCGUGCUGCCCUGGAUGCUGCGAAGGCUGAGGCUGCACAGGCUAAGACGCACGUGGACGAGCUCAAGGCCAUUGCCAAUGCUGCAGAAGAGGCUCUUCAGACCAUGAACGAGACUCACGACCAGUACAAGAACUCGACCGAUAAUCAGAUCCAGCACCGCGAUACUGAACUUGCAAAUGUGAAGACUCAGCUUGCUGAGCUUACUUCUGAACUCGAGAAGAGCAGACAAGAGUUGGCCGAAAUUCAGGGAUCAGAAGAUGCCAAACGCGCUGCUUACGAGCAGGAAAUCGAGUCUCUCAAGGCUGAUCUUGAAAGGGCUAAAGAAGAGGUUGAAGAGGCUGCCGCCAAGCAGCGCUUCCACCUCGAGGACAUGCGGAAGCAAUCUGAUAUUGCCAACGAAGCUCAACAGAACUACGAGAGGGAGUUGCAGAAGCACGCCGAGGCUGCGUCAAACUUGCAGAAAUUGCGUGAACAGCUUCGUGAUGUCAACAACCAACUCCGGGUCUAUAGGACCGAGGCUGAAUCCGCUCGCGCAUCAUUGACUACUUCUGAGGCUAGUUGGGGAGCACAGAAAGAGCAGAUGGAGAACGAGUUGCGUGAAAUGUCUACAAGAUGUGAUGACCUCCGUAAGCAGAACGAUCUGUUGCACUCUCAGUUUGAGAGUAUCAGCUCCCAGGCCCUCAAGAUUCAGCAGGCUUCUUCUGCCGUCGCAGCCGAUAUCGAGAACGCACCUGCGUCCGCUGAUAAAUCUGUCGAAGAGUUGCGCGAGGUCAUCAAGUACUUGCGACGUGAGCGUGAGCUUAUUGACUGCCAGCACGAGGUUGCCGUUCAGGAGAACAAGCGCAUCAAGCAGGAGCUCGACCAUACCAGCAGGGCUUUGGAAGAGGUUCGCUCGCAGCUCACUCUGGAACGUCAACGCGGAGCCGAGUCUGCUACGUCUGCUGCUCAGCACCAAGAGCUCAUUGCUAAGAUUGGCGAGCUAAACAUUCUCCGUGAGAGCAACUCCGCUUUGCGCGCCGAGAAUGAGCGCACCGGUAAGACCUUGAAGACUCUCGAAACCCAGGUUGAGACCUUGAACGCGCAGCUUGCUCCACUAAAUGAACAGCUCCAAACCUUGACUGCAGAAAUCGAGGCUAAGGAUCAGCAGAUUCGACUCAUCGAAGGUGACAGGGACCACUGGAGGAACCGUGCUCAAUCCAUCUUCCAAAAGUAUGACAAGAUCGACCCUGCUGAGUUACAGGCUCUCAAGAACAACCUGGCCAACCUUCAGUCCCAAUACGAUGCAUUGGUCGUUGAGGGCGAGGCUGCGCGUGAUGCCGGCAUUGUUGAGGUAAAGAACGUCAGGGACAGUUGGGCCGAGCGGUACAAUACCAUGGUCGCAUCCAGCAAACAAAGGAUGGCUGAAUUGAGGGGCCAAAAGAUGGAGGCAGAGAAGGCUCUUGCUGAGAAGGAGCAACGUUUGCAGGAGUUGGAGAACCAGUUGGCCAACGCUCAGACUGCACCCGCAGCCGAUAGUGGUGACAUGGAGGGCCUUGAGACUGCUGGAGAUGCACAGCUAAAGGAGCAGGUCACUAAGCUUCAAGCCGAGAAGGAAGCCGCCAACAAGACCGCGAACAACGUCCGCGCAAGGGUGCAAACCUUGAUGACUGAGAAGAUGCAACUCACCAAGCAGGUGAAAGAGCUUCAGGACAAGCUCUCUGCCAGUGCGUCUGCAACCCCGGCUGCACCUACAUCAGGCGAGGAAGUUGACAAGAAGGUGGAUGAGCUUGUUGCCAAGAGGCUUAAGGAAGCUGAGGUUGCAGGCGCUACGCCAGGCACUGCGGAUAUUGAUGCCGUUGUCGCUGAAAGGAUUGCUAUCGCUCGUGCGGAGUUCGAGAAAGAGAAGGAGCAGGCAAUUCAGGACGCGGUCAAGGCGGCGCAAACUCAGACACCUGCUUCUGAUGCCAUCCAAACUCAAGAAUCAUCUGACGUGAUCCCCCGUGAAGAGCACGACAAAAUCAUCGCUGAGAUGACCCUGAGGCACGAGCAAGAUAUGAACAACCUCAGGAAGCGUGCUAAGAAUCAAGCCACUGAGGCCAUCAACAAGGCCAUCGCGCUCAAACUCGACAAAGUACGCGCCGAGGAACGUCAGCUUGCUGAGGUUGCCAAAGCUGAGGCUAUCGAGGCCGCGCUCAAGACCAAGGAGGAACAGUUUAAAGCCAAGGAGGAAGAGCUUACCUCCAGGGAGAAAGCACAGAAAACCGCCGAACUCACGGCGAGAAUGACCAAUAUGAAGAUGACUAUGAGAAUCGGCGCGUUGGAGAAGCAGGUCAUUGCGUUAGGGGAGACUCCAUCGACAAUUGGAGCAACACUUGCCCUUGGUGCGGCUACUCCCGCUCCUGGUACGCUUGGUACUCCCGCCGCAGCUACUGUUGCCCCUGCCGCGGUCGCUGCUCCUGCGCAGGUCAAAUCACCCGCUGCUGCGCCAGCUUCUGCUGCUUCCGCUACAGCUACGCCGCCAGCCGCUACACCAGCUACUGGUCCUGCCAUCAAGGUCGAGACCACUCCUGCUCAGCAAGAAGCUGCCGCAGCCGCGGCACCCGUCAGCGCAUUUGCUAAUCCCGCUUCUGCGCAGAUUCAGGCUCAACCCCAAGCUCAGACUCCGGCUAACCCUGCCACACCUUUCCAGAAUGCUAUGCGUGGAGGAAGAGGAGGUGCUCGUGGUGCUCGUGGAGCUGGACGAGGUGGAGCAGGAAUGGGUCGUGGUGGUGCAGUUGGUACUCCUGCGGGCGCUGGACGUGGCACACCCGUCGCUGGUGGUGCCGCUGGUGCCGCUGGAGCAGCUAACGCACCUCUCGCUAACCGCAUGGGAGCUCCCGUCGGCGGUACCGCAACGCCUCAGCAAGGAACCCCGGCCAGGAAGGGCUCCGUCCCCCGUCCUUCGCCUGUGAGGAUCGAGGGAACCGCAGCUGCCGGUGCUGGUGCUGGUCCAAAUACACCCGGUGGUGCGAACAGACCUGCUGUGCAGAGACCUGUUGGUGCUGGACGAGGACAAGGGCAAGGACAGGGCGGUAACAUGAACGCGAACGCGCCUACGUUUACGCCGGGGAAUAAGAGACCGAGGGAGGAGGGUGGAGGUGGGGCACAGAAGAAGCCGAAGAAUCAGUAAUUAUAGGUUGGGGAGGAAAAGGAUGUGAUGUGAUGCACAUGCACCUGGGCAUAUAGCAUUUCCCAAGGACAUUUAUGGGUAUCAAAACCCGGAGAUAAACGUAUAGGUAUAUAGUAAUUAUUGGGAGUUUUGCUGGCCCGCAUUAGGGCUCUUGUUACACUGGAUGUCUAUGGCUAAGUUGUUCAGCUGAGUUCAGGUAUGCGUUGGCGAUCAGUUCUGUACAGUUCAGU